CUGGCAGGCGUGCCCCUGGCAAUGGACUGGCGAGCGGCCGCCCGUGCUUCGGUGGUGCGGCACGCGUUUGAUCUUGAUCACCGGCAUCCCUGCGCGGCCGUCAUCUGCGAGGCGUGACGGUGCAUGACUGUCGCUCGCUUCUUGCUGCCGCUACGCUGUCUGCUACGCCGUCCGCUGGGCUUGGGUGAUGCGUGAACACUUACGGUGAACGGUUUGGUGGAACUCUGGAUUCGAUUGCCCUGGACUCGAUUACUCUGGACUCGCUCGUCGCACAACAACGGCCAUCUCGAUCCGCCGGCCGCCACACGUAGCACGACACCGCACGACGACGGGUCGCCUGCACGAUGCAGCCCGGCUUCACGCUCGCGCCGCGCGAUCCCUUCGCGGACGCCAAACUCACCCUCUCGUCAUGGGAUAACUGCAUGGCAAAGGACUACUGCAAAUGGCCCGUCAUCGUCGCCAUCAUCCUCGGUGGCCUCAUCGCCAUCAGCAUCGUCACCUGCAUCGCGCGCUGCAUCUGCUGCGGCGCCGACUCCUCGGGGCACCGCCGCAUGAAAAGCGACGCCCAGGGCUACCCACAGCCGUAUCCCCAACAGCCCUACCCGCAGCAGCCCUACCCCCAGGCCGCCUACGCCCAAAACAACCCCUACGCCGAGGCGCGCUCGUUCGCGCCCCCGCCCCCGCCACCGCAGAUUAGUACGCAGUACCAGUCGCACCCCGCGCCGUCGCUGGCCCGCGCCCCCUCGAACCCGAGCUUCAACCCGCAAGUCAAUCCGCUGUUCGCGCGCGCGCCGUCGCCCGAGAGACCGCAGUUCGCGACCUUCGACGCGCACAAGCCCGCCAACGAGGACGCGCUGCCCGCGAUGCCGAGCUGGGAUACGGCGAGGAGUGUGCGCGUCGAGGUCGAGGAGCCGGUGGGCGAGAAGGGCGGGGUGGAGUUGGAUCGGUUGAACCACAAUGGGAGUGUGCCGGGGUCGGCGGUGGGCGGUGCGUUUGCAGCCGGCGCCGCGGGCGGACUUGGUGCCGGUGCGAUGCGUGGAUCCCCCGAUGCAUACGCACCGCGCAACCAGUACGCGAACACGUCGCCUGCGCACAGCACCGCAGACGGCUACGCGGCGACGUACAACCGCGGGCCGUCGCCCGCGCAGUCGCAGUCGCAGUACAGCCAGGCGGAUGGGUACGCGCAGUACGCCGCGCCGCAGGACCGCUACAAUUCUCCCACGCCGCAGGAUAGAUACGCCUCCCCCGCGCCACACGAGCGCUACAACUCCCCCGCGCCCCCCAGCUACCACACCACCGCCAACCCAAACCCCUACGCCUACGCCCCCGCCCCCGCGCGCUCGCCCGCGCAGCCGUAUGAUUCGCCCGCGCCCAGCUACGCCGCAGGCAACGCGUAUGAUCCCCCGCCGCGCGCACAGACUACCUCGCCCGCGGCGUAUCCGGGGCAGAACGUGUAUCAGGCGUUUACGCCGCAGGGGACGGGACAGGGGGGGUACUCGGGCGUGCAGAGACGGCCUGUGGAGGGGAGUGCGCGGGACGUGUAG